AUGCCUGAUACCAUACCCACUUCUCAACCCGAAUUAGUUACACUUAUUCAAAACGAACAACAGUUACGAAAAGAAAUCGCUGCUUUAAAACGACAAGAAGAGUCCCUGAAAGAAAUGGACGAAAAGAUCAAACACAACCUUGAAGUCAUUCACCAAGAAAGAAUUGAGAAAACAACAGCUUUCUAUUUGUUGCUAUCAUAA